AUGGUUGCCUCGCCAUUCGUCGUUGGCCCCGCUACGGGCCACACCCACACUAUUAUCCUGUUGCAUGGCCGUGAUAGCGAAGCACAGGAGUUUGCCUCUGAGUUUUUCGAAUGUGAGGCCACAGGAACAGAGCAGACGCUGCCGGACUUAUUCCCUACAGUCCGAUGGGUAUUUCCACAAGCCAACCCCCUUCGCUCCGAGCGCUUCAGGGUCGAAAUGUCCCAAUGGUUCGAUAUGUGGAGUGUGGAAGAUCAACAGGAGCGAGCCGAGAUGCAAGUCCCGGGCUUGCGAUCGAGUGUCAAUAUGAUCGCUGAAUUGAUCGAACAGGAGGAGUUGCUUGUGCCAAGAAGCAAUAUCUUCCUGGGUGGAAUUAGCCAAGGCUUUGCAACAGGAGGUUUCGCUGGUUUAUGCGGGUUUUCCACUUGGCUACCGCUGGCUAAUCAGGCUGCAUCGGCUCUCGAGCUCGUCGACGAUGAAACUGGUCAAAAGCUAGCGGCCAUGCAGCGAUUAUAUCUUGGUGACGAUAGACAGCAAAUGUUUUUAUCACCACAGCAGCUAAUGUCGACACCAAUUCUUCUUGAGCAUUGCCAAGACGACGACAUUAUCAGGGUUCAAAGCGGCUUACUUCUGCGGGAUUUCAUUGACAACCUUGGUCUCAGCGUAGUUUUUCAUGCAUACGAAAGCGGAGGUCACUGGUUCAAUGAGCCACAGGGUGUGGACGACUUUGUGGUGUUCUUGCGAAAGGGUAUCAAGUCAGAUCACAUACCAAGUGGCCACCAAUCUACGUGA